GGCGAAGUAAGGCUGUACCGAUGGGGGAGACGGUAACAAUUAUUAGGCAUCAUGAGAUUUUUGUCAAGUCUCGUUUUUGCAGCACUUUUGAUGAAACAGGUUUUAGGUGAAUAUGGAAUGGCACAUUUCAGUGAAUGGGGGAGCAAAGGCAAAGAUUACUGCAUUUUCUUCAACUCCCAGUGGGCUCGACUACCUCAGGAUCUCAGUAAAGCAGUGCGGCUGCAGAUUUUUGAUCUCACCACCUCUGCGCUGUGCUCCCCCUCGGAUGUACCUGAGGGUGGCUUCCCAAACAGUAUCCUAAUGGUGAUGAGAGGAAAUUGUACUUUCUAUGAGAAAGUCAGAUUGGCUCAGAUCAACGGUGCCAAGGGACUUCUGAUCGUCAGCAAAGAUAGACUUACACCGCCAUCGGGGAACAAGUCUCAGUAUGAGGAGAUUAGCAUCCCAGUGGCUCUGCUCAGCUAUAAAGACAUGCUGGACAUCAGGAAGACAUUUGGGGAAAACAGGCAGGUGGCCAUGUAUGCACCCUAUGAACCAGUGAUAGAUUACAAUAUGGUGAUCAUCUUCCUGAUGGCAGUUGGCACUGUAGCUGUUGGAGGAUACUGGGCUGGCAGCAGGGACAUUAAAAAACGUUACAUGAAGCACAAGAGAGAUGACAGUGCCGAGAAACAAGAUGAGGAGACAGUUGACGUCACUCCUGUCAUGAUUUGUGUAUUUGUGGUCAUGUGCUGCACUAUGCUGGUGCUCUUGUAUUUCUUCUAUGAUCACUUGGUGUAUAUGUCUAUAGCUACAUUCUGUUCGGCAUCAGCUGUCGGUCUGUACAGCUGUCUUUGGCCUAUUGUACGAAGAAUACCCUUCGGGAAAUGCAGGAUACCUGAGAAUAACCUGCCGUACUGCCAUAAGCGGCCACAGGUGCGCAUGCUGCUGCUUUCGGCCUUCUGCGUAGGAGUUAGUGUCACCUGGGGAGUUUUCCGCAAUGAAGACCAGUGGGCAUGGGUGCUUCAGGAUGCAUUAGGUAUCGCAUUUUGCCUCUACAUGCUAAAAACAAUCAGACUGCCCACUUUCAAGAGUGGUGAAAGUAUCAUGGUAGAGGUGGCGACUGGACCCUCCAAUUCCUCCUCACAUGAAAAGCUUCCAAUGGUGCUGAAAGUGCCCAGGUUAAACGCAUCUCCUUUGGUCCUGUGUGACAGGCCCUUCUCUCUACUGGGCUUUGGGGAUAUCUUGGUACCAGGUCUGCUUGUAGCAUAUUGCCACAGAUUUGACAUUCUCAUGCAGACUUCUCGAAUAUACUUCCUGGCUUGCACUAUUGGCUAUGGCAUCGGCCUGCUCAUCACAUUUGUGGCUCUGGCUCUGAUGGAGAUGGGUCAGCCUGCCCUCCUUUACCUGGUGCCUUGCACACUCCUCACCAGCCUUGCUGUGGCUCUGUGGCGCAAGGAGCUGCCUUUGUUCUGGACAGGAAGUGGAUUUGUGCCUCCUCCAAUUGUGAUGGAACAAAUUAAUUGUACCCAAACCACGGGAGAUUCCAUAGCUGAACCCCAGUCCAAUCCAGAGGCGCAGGACUCUGAAAUGACCAAUCAGUGUGAGGAACCUCCUCCACCAGCCCAAGAUGACGUUUCGCAUCUUAAAGAUGCAGCUACUACAUAAAGACAAAAGACUCAAAGGAUGCUAAUUUCUUGUUAAUUUUAAGUCAGUUAUAGCUUUUAAGUGCACUUGCUUUACAGAGAGGAAAAGUGACAAUAUUUGUUUAAAGCCUUUGGAAGCUGGCAGUCUGCUUGAACCAAAGCCAUGGAGACACAAGAACGCAACAACAUCAGCUGUGCUUCGUCCAACAUGAAUCUGCUUCAGUUCAUGAUGGAUGCUAGUAAAUGAAUAGUUCACCCAAAAAUAAAUUCAUCAUUCACCUCAUGUUGUUCUAAACUCAUUUGACUUCCUUUCUUUUCUGGAACACAAAAGAUGUAAGGCAGAAUGUUAGUUAGCCUCAGUCACCAUUCACUUUCAUUGUAUGGAAAAAAGAUAAACAGAAAUGGAACAAUAUGAAGGUGCCAAUUGUUUUAUUUUUGGGUGAACUAUCCCUUUAGGAGAGCUUUAAAUGGACAGCUUUCAUCUUCUACACAGUGAUCUCUAUUGGGUCUGGCUGUGUGUGUUUUUUAUUUUGUUUUCUCAUUUUUUGUUUGUCAGUGUUAAAAAUCUCUCAGUAAAUGAAACGUAGCGCAGCUAGACAUUUUCCAGAAAUGUCACAUUUUUAAUUAGGGCUCACUGAAAAGCCCUAAUUAUUCAUUCAUGUUGAUACUUGGUUUCCUGUAAAUAACACAACUGGUUGGUUCAGUCCUUUUCAUAAGAGCGCUGAAGUAUCCCAUCCUCUUAAAUACUUUGCUAAUAAGAACCAAGGCUGAGGUGUCUGGGAUAAUGUUUCAUUAUUUUCAUCUUCAGGACAGGGCUCUGAGAUUUGAGUGCUUUGGACUGGUUGAGGUACUCUGAAUAUUUAAGAGCGGUACUGUAAAACAAGGCCACAUCAUUUCUCAAAAACAAGAACUUUUAUAUUGGUUUGAAAUUAGAUUUCUGCUUUAGUUGCAUUUUAAAUAUCUUAUUCUAUGGCUCAAUAAAAGGACACAAUGUAUUUAGAAUGUGCAAUUUACUUGAUGCAAUGCAACGUAAGAACUUAAGUGCAGUUUACAAAGAUACUUUCCUGUCCAUCUAUUUUCUAGUAUUUCUGAAUUUUGUGCUUUUAUUUUUAUUUUCAAGUUGUUUUUAGUCUAAAGUUUUGCUCUGAUUCGCCCCCAUCAAAUGGUUUAAAGGGACAGCUCACCCCAAAAUGAAUAUUCUAUCAUCAACAGAAAAGAUGCUUAGCAGAAUCUUAGCCACUGAAACCUUUUUUUUUUUUUUCUUUCAUUGCAUAAUUUGUCCACACAAUUAUGGUGAAUGGUUACUGAGGCUAACGUUCGGCAUAAUAUCUCCUUUUGUCUUCCAUUGGAAAAAGUGAUACAGGGUUAGAACCUCAUGAGGGUGAGUAAAUGAUGACAGAAUUUGCAUUGUUGGGUAAACUAUCUCUUGAAGUAAUUUAUUAUGCAUAAAUUCUAUUGAAAAAGUGUCACACCUCCCUGUUGCAUUAAAAUUGUCUCAGUCUUUAUAUUGAGUCAUGUGAAAUAAUCAUGUGGACAAGUUAGAUAUCAGUGACAUCUUUAUUAAUGACUAUGUAUUCAUACUCCUGCAGGAGGUCAUGAGUUAUUUUCUUAAUCUUCAGAGACAUGAAGCUCUGUUUUAUUAGAGAUCGUAUGCUAAUAGUGUUAAAGUGUGGUUUUGAAAACUUGAAGAGUGCACAUAUUAAAGGAAUAAUGCAUCAAGUGAUUUGCAGUGUAU